UGUGCUACAUCUUUUUAUAGAAACUGUAAACUGGUAAAGUCCCGACACUCCCGACUGUCGGUAAUUUUACAUUUCAUUCUUCUGCCUUCUACUUAAUAAUAUUGCUUUGUCGCCAUUGUCAUUUGAUUUAUGCUAGUUAACAGAUUUAUUUAAAAAUGAGUUCAAGUGAAGAAGAUUAUCAGGGAUUUUCCAUAACAAUGGACAAAUCGCAGCAGGCCUCUACAAGUUCCCAUGGGAAAAACGAUACAGAUACACCCACAAAAAAAAGAAAAUAUCGUGGCGACUUAAGUGUGGACGAAAAACAAAAAGUUUUCAAAAGGAAGUUCCAUUCAGAUUGGAAAAAUGAGGAAGAAUUUAAAGGGUGGCUCUGUGAAGUGCCAAAUGAACAAGGAAAAUUCAAAUGUCAAUUGUGCAAUUGUAUUCUUUCACUAAGAGCUGGAAAACAGGAAGUAGUUAAGCAUGCUAAUUCAAAAAAGCAUUUAGCUAAAAUCAAUGCGAGAAAAUCGACACCAUCGGUUAAAAGCAUGUUUCAAGAAUCCCAGACAGCAACUUCAAUAAAGGACGAAAUUGCGACAGCCGAGAUUCGUAUUAGUGCUUUUUUCGCAGAACACAAUAUUGCUGUUUCUGUAGCCGAUGAUCUCGUAGAUUUAAUUAAAGUCACCUGCAACAAACCUGAUGUUGUUAAAGGAAUAUCACUUGCAAGAACAAAAACAACGAAAGUGAUAAAUAAUGUAUUAUGCAAAGUUGAAACAAGUGAACUAAUUUCAAUCUUGAAGGUAAUUAAGUUUAGCAUUUUAGUAGAUGAAAGCACAGACUUAAGUAUGGAUAAAUACCUAUGUAUUUUAGUGAGAUAUGUUUGUCCCGAAUCAGGUAAUUUAAUGACUAAAUUACUUAAAAUGUUGAAAUUAGAAGCAACUGAUACCACAGCAGAAAAUAUUUACAGACAGUUUAAACAAUUUUUCAAGGCAUGCGAUAUUCGUUUAACUAACAUUAUUGGGUUAGCUUCUGACGGAGCGAAUGUAAUGUUGGGUAAGCACAAUUCCUUUAUGACAAGAUUGAUGGCUGAUACAAAAGUAUUAGUUGUUUUGAAAUGUAUUUGCCAUAGUGCAGCUAUAAUAGCAAGUACUGCAUGCAAUGUUUUACCUGCAGCUCCUGAGGAUUUAUUACGGGCCUUAAGCUCAUAUGUAUCCGCUAGUGGUAAACGAUCUGCUCAGCUAGCCGAAUUACAGGAGUAUCUGAAUAAUUCUAAAAAAAAAAUUUUAAAACUGUCUUCAACAAGGUGGCUGUGCCUGCAUCAGUGUAUUGAAAGGGUUUUAGAAAUGUGGUCUACUUUGCAGCACUUUUUUCUACUGGCCUCUACUGAGGACCAUCUUAAACAAACGAAAUUCAUAUUAGAUGCUUUGAAUUGUAGCGAGACCAAGGCCUACCUUUUAUUUUUGAAAUAUGUUCUUAAUUUUCUGAACUCUUUUAAUGCGCUGUUUCAGGCCAAAACAGUCCUUAUCCAUCAAUUAGGAGCAGAAAGCAGACGUAUUUACUUCAAAUUUUGUAAUAACUUUAUAAAACCAAGUGAAAUCAAAAUUGAUGUUAACUGCAAUCUCCCAAUUAAUUUUGUAGAUAUAUGGAAAGUUUAUUUAGGGUCUGACUGUGAAAAUUUCAUUUUAAAUUUAGAAGUAGAUGUACAAAAAAAAAUUAGAUUGAAAUGUUUAGAAUUUUAUUCAGUUUGUUGUAGAGAAAUGCAGAAUCGUUUACCGAAGCAAGAUAUCUUUUUUAAUGAAUUAUUGUUUAUAACACCAAAGAUUGCUUUGUCAUUAGAAAGGCCUGAGGAAUGCCAACAAAUUUCGGCGGUUAUUUCAAGAUUUUAG